AUGUGUUUAUAUUGUUUCAAACUACCAGUUUGUGGUCAUUUGUUACGGUAGUUUUAAGAACUUGAUACACAUAGUAAGAAGAGAUCAUGGAAUCACCUCCAGGGUCCCCCGCAGCGGGAAGGGUGGCCUCCAGACGCCUGCAUCCCAAGCGUCACUGGCCUCAAUCAGGGGCCGGGCUAGGGUCUCCAAAGCCGCCGCAGAACAGGCGCGGGAGCGCCCAGGGGCCACGGUCUCGGGAAAAGUCUCCGCGUCGGCUCCAGUGGGCUGCGACCCGCGAGGUUGCACAGGAAGGAAAUAAAAGAUUUCGGCUGAGAUUACACUCGAAAACACCAGGGAGCCCGGCUUCCAAGCGCGGCAUUACUCUUCUGCCCCAAAAACCAGGAGAUUCAAAAGGAAAAGACGUCCGGCUGUCGGCGGUCGUCAGAGGCUGGGAAGCAGUGCUGCUCACUGUCACCGACUCCUGGCUGGGAGCCCAGGGGCAAGGAGUCUCGUCUGGUGCCUUCUGCAGCCGCAUCAAGGUGGCCGACUGGCAGCUCCAGAGCCUUCAGAACCUUCCGGAGACCACAGCACUUGACCAGGGUACAGCAUGGUGGACGGGGGCCCAGAGCAACCCGAGGACAGGAGGCCUCACAGGAGAAGGCUGCAGGCAGAGCCACGCAGCAGGACUCAGACCUGACUCAGAGGCGAUGGCUUGCGCAGUCCUCCCGCCCCCUGCUGGCCAUCCUGUCACUCGCCCCACGGCCCCCUGGAGGCCGGACGCCUGGAUGCUGGAGCCUGCAAUGGAGGGCCUAGGAGGAGGCCAGUGUCGGAACCACACGUGGAAGAUUUUGGAAACUCAACCCCUUGCUGGCCUCACAACAUACAGAGCCCCACACGGCCACCCUCCUUGUUGGUGGUCACCACGGACCCUGAGGACAGCAGAGGCAGAUGGCCCGGGGGCUCCCGGCCUGCUCUGAGCUGGGGUCUUUCCUGACCUCUCUCACCUCGCGGCCCUCACCUGGACCAGGUAUGAUGCUGGCUCCGCCCUGCUCCCCAGCUGGGCCGCCUGGGCUCACAGGCAGGCAGCCCAGCGGCAGCCUCCCAAGUGACAGUGACUUAGGGCCAACCAGUGGGCCGGGAGGUCACCUGUGCAGUCCUGUUUUCUCCUCUUUCCUUUCCAUGGAGACGCCAGCUGCUCCCUGGACCCGCCCUUGGGCCACACUCGCCAGUUGUCCCAGCGUCCAGCCUUCUCUAGGGCUCACAGGGCCUCGGGAGGUGGUCACAAGAGGAGGCUGGACACUGCUGUGCUCCCAAGUGGCCCUGGACCACCGCCCCCCGUCUCCUCCAUCAGUUCAGGCCCCUUCUGCUAUGCGAGGUCCCAGCCUCCUUCCCUCCACAGGUCCUGAAGCCACUCCAGGAU